GCGAAUACUUCUAGAACUGGAGCAUUUAUUCUAGUUCUACAAUUUAAACAUUUUGAACAAGAAAAAGAUGCUCAUAGAAUAGACUCAUAGUAAACGCAAACAAUCAGAGGGGGAAAGAAAAUGGACGCGGAAAAGGUUGAAGGAUUGAAGGGUUUUGUGGAGUAUUGCAAACAAAACCCAUCUGUGUUGCACUCUCCAUCUCUUGCAUUUUUCAAGAAUUUUCUGCAAAGUCUGGGAGCUCGAAUUCCGGCUUUUGGAGAAUCGGGCAAAGAUGGCGAGGAUCAUGAAGAUACAAAGCCAUUUGAAUCUAGGAAGCCCGACGUAUCAAUGGAUGAUAUCUCAAAUGACGACAUUGUUGAAUCUGAUGUUGAGUUGGAUAAUUCAGACGCUGUUGAGCCUGACAAUGAUCCUCCACAGAAAAUGGGGGACCCUUCUGCUGAAGUAACAGAAGAAAAUCAAGAAGCUGCUCAGUUAUCGAAAGCAAAAGCUAUGGAAGCAAUUGCUGAUGGCAAGUUUAGUGAGGCCAUAGAUUACCUAACCGAAGCAAUCUUGUUAAAUCCAAAGUCGGCAAUAUUAUAUGGAAAUAGAGCAAGUAUCUUUAUAAAAUUGAAGAAACCAAAUGCUGCAAUCCGAGAUGCUGAUGCUGCUUUACAAAUCAACCCAGACUCGGCUAAAGGAUAUAAAGCGCGAGGGAUGGCAAGAGCAAUGUUGGGCUCAUGGGAUGAAGCAGCUCGUGAUUUGCAUGUGGCGGCAAAGUUGGAUUUUGACGAGGAGAUAGGACUGGUGCUCAAGAAGGUUGAACCCAAUGCAAAGAAAAUUGAAGAGCACAACCGGAAAUAUGAACGCUUGCGCAAGGAGAAGGAGCUGAGAAGAAUCGAGCUUGAGAGGAAGAGGCGUCAAGAUGCUGAAGCUGCUUCUGUUUUAAAAGAUGGAGAAAUCAUCGCGAUUCAUUCUGGUAGCGAGUUGAAGGAUAAACUCAAUGCUGCUUCAAAGACAUCGCGCCUCUCAGUUCUUUACUUCACUGCAACAUGGUGUGGCCCCUGCCGUUACGUCUCCCCUGUUUUCACGAGCUUAGCAGCAAAGUACCCUAAAGUUGUUUUCUUGAAAGUUGACAUCGACGAGGCUAGAGAUGCUGCUGCUGAAUGGGGCAUCAGCAGUGUCCCGGCCUUCUUCUUCGUCAAAAACGGUAAAGAGGUGGAUCAAGUCGUCGGGGCCGACAAAAACGCGCUCGAGCAGAAGAUUGCUCAGCAUGCUUGAUAGUCUUGAUUUCUUGAUGCGAUGUCUACAAUAGAAAAAAUGUGAUUGUGAUUUCCCUUUUUAGCAUGCUUGAUCUUUUUCCCCUUUAGGAUGAUUGCAACUACAUUUAUGAAAUCUGGCUAUUGCAAAUAGUUUGCCUUUGUUA